AUGGAGUUUGAGCGGUUUAUUCCGAGUCACAAGAGCGGGCUGGAUCCUGGGGCCAUCGAGGCACUCGUCGACAAGUACCGCGGCUCACCGCUGCACAAGCCACUUCCGUUGGGAUCGGAAGAUACUUUCAACUCUCAGAGCGGGGAACCGCCGUGGCGAAAGUGGGAGGGUGGUCAAGGCAAGCGGAGUAGUGGCGCGGGAUCGGCUACCAUUCACGCAAAGUCGGUUGUCUGUGCAGCCUUCAACACGCACGCGUCGGUCGUCUUUACUGGUUCAGAGGAUGAGACGGUCAAGGUGUGGGACAUCUCCUCAACGACAACACAACUAGUAGCGACCUAUGACGGCCACACCGGGACUGUCACCGACCUGCUCUACGUCGACGGGCUCAAGAAGCUAUUCUCGGCCUCGCUCGGCGGCGAGAUCAUUGUGUGGCACUAUGCGCAGACGCAAAAGGCGCUCAAGUUUCUGAGCAUGGCCGCGCCGCCGGCACCGGCGCACUCGCUGCCGAUUGCGCAGUAUUUGCGGAGCUCGUCGCGGUUCGACGAGCUCAAGGUCAAGCUUCGGACGGCGACCGAGAAGAUUGAGCGUGCCGAGGCUGUGGGUGGGGCACUGGCGGCACGAGUCAAGGCGCAGGCUGUUGCCGAUCGCAACGCGGCGGCAGCCGAGCUUGGGGCACUGCGGGCCAAGCUCGCGCCGGCCAUCGACCGUCCGGAGCCUGUCUUUUGCCUGGCCUGGCUGCCCGGCGACGACGUGCUUGUGGCGGUGUUCAAGGACGCGCUCCGGCUUUACAGCUACAACCGGAGCGAUGGUGUGCACUCGGACUGGCACGAGGUGCUUCCACGGGUGGGCGGGCGUGGUGCUGGUGGGCCGAGCGGCGCCGGUAUCGGAAGCUCAGCGAGCAGACAGGCUGCGCUGCUUGCGCUCGACAUGACCAACAUGACGAAGCCGCGGCGGGCGAGACGGAACCCGUCUGCAGAGAUGCGCGGGACACGGCAUAUGGUGUACAUGCCGUAUGCGCAUCUGCUGGUGACGGCCACGGACUCUGGUGCGCUCUGCGGGUGGGUCUUCUCGCAGCAAAAGAAGGCACUAGUGCUCAAGGUUCACCGGGAAGACGCACAUGAGCUCGGGAUCACGGCGCUGGCGGCAUCGAUGGGCGCGGACGGAUGGCUUGCCUCGGGCUCGCACGACCGCGCCAUCCGAGUCUGGUCGUACGUAGCACCUCCGGCAUCCGAGCCCAAUGAGUAUGGGUCUCUCAUCCUUGUCCACACCUUUCGGUCGCACGCGGCGUCGAUCACGGGCCUCACAUUUGUCAACUCCACGGCGACGCUGUGGGCGUCGGCCGGCUCGGACGAGCCGAUCAUUUACGACUUGGCUACCUUUACCGACGUCACCUCGGUGCUUGCUACGCUACUGCCGGGCAAGGGGAGCGGUGGGACCGGGGCAAGUGGAGCAAGCGAGCGCGGCGAAAGUGAGGCCGCGGCCGCUAGAGGUGGCGGUGGAGGCGGAGUCGGUGGUAGCGUCGAGGAGGAGGCUGGCGCGGCGCUGGCACUGGGACGAAUGUACUACUUUGAGGCUGUGGACAAGGUACUCGCUGUUACGAACCGUCGGCAGCUUGUGGUGUGGAAGUACCGGUACGGAGCAGCGCUGACGACGCUUGUGCAGCACUCUGACGUGGUGGACGCGCUCUCGUUCUCGCGAACCAACCCGCUGGUGUUUUUCUCUGCCGGAGCCGACGGGCGGAUUGUGCAGUGGGAGCGCGAGCAGUCGAACACGUACAAGUACAACAAGGAGGAGCUGUGGAUUGAGGGCAAGCCUGACGAGAUGGCCCGGGCCGGGAGCGCGCUGGGCGCCCCGGGCUGUGCGCCGCGGCUCAUUGCCUCGUUUGCCGGCGCGUCGCAGACCCAGAUCGACGACUGGCUCUGGCUCACCGAGCCGGUGACAACCGAUGGGCACGAGGCUGGCGAGCCCGAGCCGGACCCGUUCUUGCUCGAUGACGACGAUCCUGCGGCGCGGCGGGCCAAGCUCGCGGCGCGGCAGACGGCGCGAAAGCGAGCACACAUUGCGUCGCAGCGCAAGGCGCAGUCGUCGGCCAAGGCGUCGCUGGUCCGCGGCCGCGGCUCGUCGAGCGUGCACGGCAACGUAGCGUCAACGUGGUCCAAGCUCUCCGCCGAGAAGCGGGAGCGGGCGCGGGCGCUCGCCAAGCGCAACCGCUCUUUAUACGACCCAUCACGGCGGCUGGGCGAUCUCGACUCGCCAGAGACGGCGGCAAAGACGCGGGCGUCGCCGCAGCCAACGGCAACGCCGCCGGCCGUUCAACCGAAUCCGCUCAUCCGCGACGGCGUUUUUGUGACCGACCCAAUGCUGUUCAAUGCGGUGCACAAGAGCACCGGUGGACUUCCGGACUUGGUCCGAGCUGGAUCGUCGCAGGGCACGAUGUCGUCGCUACUGCAGAACGCGCUGUCAACGCGGAGCUCGAUGGCGUCACUGUGCGAAUCAGAGGUGUCGAGCUCGGACAGCGGGAGCUCGGACGACGGCGAGUCGCUGGCAUCGAUCUCGAUGGACGAUGGCGGCCGCACGACGGUGCUGUCGGUGGCGGACAAGCUCAAAGUGCGGCUGAAGGAGGGGCGGGGAGGGCGCGGGCGGUCUGCGUCGCUGCGAUCGUUUGCAGCGUCGCGUGGCAAUCCGCAGGCCAAGGCGCUCGGUUUUCGGAAGCGGAAGGACGGGCGGGCGUCUGCGGCCGAGGCGGAUCCUGUGGUCCGGCUCGGGCUUGUGGCCUCGCCGCUCAAGCCUGCCGAUGCGGCGUCGUCAGUCAAAUUCCGCAAGUCGCGGCUCUCGAUCGACGUGGUGCUUUACUCUGAUGAGCUCGACGUACUGCUACUGGGCACCUCGCGCGGACGGAUUCUUGUGUACGGCUAUCGCGACUCGUCAGUGUCGAUGACGACGGUUGCAGUGCCGAGCUCGAUCAAUUACGAGCGUGCGCAGUCGAUGCCGCAGGUCGGAGCCAACAUCCGGUCGCGGCUGACUGGACUCUCGCUGCUCAAGUCCCUGCCGCUUGUGGGCUCGCGCGGCGAAGGCCACACCGACGCAAUCACUGGGCUGGAGGUGGUCAAGGUCGAGUCGUUUGAGUACGGCAACGAUCUGAGCGAGCACCGGCGGCGGCGUAAUGCCGAUCUGGGAUCGGGGCCAUCUGGUGAGGGCCGGUCGUCGUAUGUGCUUGUGUCUGUGGCGCGCGACGCGACGCUCCGGGUGUGGCAACUCGACACCGGUGAGGAGGUGCUCUACCGCAAGACGACGCUGCUGGGCACGACCGAUGCCGAUGUGGUGCCGGAGCGAGUGCGGAGCGGGCGGCGCGACUUUCGGCGUGCGGCAGACGCGCCGAUCACAACACUGGCGUGGUGCGAGCGGCACCGAGUUAUGGCGUGGGGCGACGAGGUUGGCAUGGUUUGGAUCAAGUCGUUUGCACAUGCCGGCACGCUUGGGCACGCCGGAAUGGUCCUUGUGCAGGCGCUGUCAGAGCACGUCGGCACAAUCACGGCGCUCGAGUGGAACGUGGUGCACUCUGCGUGGAUGAGCGCGUCUGUGGACGGAACGCUUAAGCUCUGGGGUAAGGGUAUCCGCAAGCCAAAGAAAAAGCGCAAGCGCAAGCGGCUCUCUACGCUGCUCACGGCGGCGUAUGCCGACGAUGAGCUUGAGACUGGCGGAGGUGGUGGGUCGGAUCGGACGUCAGGCAACGGCGAUGGCGACGGAUGCGAGAGCGGGCGCGGGCGCGGGCGGGGAGCAGCGACGCCGGUAGGAGUCUCGAUCAUUGUUGACUCGACCGACUCGGACGACGAGCUGGUACAAGUGCGAUCGGACUCGAACGACGAUUCGGAGUCGCUCGACUCGCGGGACGAUGACGACGGCGUGUCGGGCUCGGGGACAGGCGGCGGUGGGAGCGGAGGCGAGAGCGGGAGUGCGCUGGGUUCUAGCGCCGUGUCGGUGCUCAACAGAUCGGCGACGAGCGUGCGGUUUGACACGCUUAGGGGCGAGGGCAAGCCGAGGCUCAAGCGAAUGCACACGUUUGCUGAUCCGAGCGACCGGACUGGGGCCCGGUUUGGCGCGACAGGAUCGGCCAUGGGCGGACACACCUCGCUGGACACGGUAGAAUUUGGCAGCAUUGUGCGGUGCGUGACGCACCACUGCGGGCCGCAGGGCAUUUCCGAGUCGUCGCGGAUCCGCGUGGCGGCCAAGCAGACCCGCGGGAUGGUGGUGGCCGGAACCGACGAGGGCAAGAUCUUUGUGUACAACCCAGUGCGGCGUGAGGUUGUGGCGAGCCUCUUCGGCCACGCCGACCUAGUCAAGUGUGUGGUCUACCUUCCGCAGCGGCACCAGUAUGUCUCGGGCUCGUGGGACAACACGCUCAAGGUGUGGGCGGCGUACACCCGCGAUGACAAGCCGAGCCAGAACCGGUUCGGCGGAAGACCGGGCAAGGCAAGCAGCCGCGAGACGAGUCGGCCGAGGUCGCAGACUGUGGUGGCGGCGAGCGAAGACGGUGGCGGGUACGGGGUGGGCCGGCCGGUGGUGGCGCUGCCGUCGCAGGACAACGCAACCCGCAACGCCGCGGUCUUCCACAUCGAUCCAGACCUGCGGCGGGUGGUGAAGUCGGUUGCCGGCGAUUCGGGCGUGGGUGGCGGCUUUGUUCCGCGAGCCAUCGACGAUCCCGAGUUUGUCAGCGCGGUGCGCGAGCUCGAGCGUGAAGAACGCGAGAAAGAUGACGGACUGCUCGGACUGGUCCCCGGCUCGCGGGUCCGGUUCCGCGAUCUCAACGCGUCUAUGGCCUCGCUCUCGACCUCGCUCAACGGCAUGUCGGCGACUUUGCUUUCACCUCUUGCUGACAGCGACGGCGAGCGGCCACCGAGCACGCCCGGCUCAGAGGAGCCCGAGCCAGGACGAGGGCGCAAGAACAACCGGUCGCGGCUAGCGCGGCGGCGGUUGAUCGCAGGCAAGACUGCUGCGCGCAAGCACGCGUUUUUCCGUGCCGAUCAAGCAGCCGACACGCCACUCCCUCCUGCGCACAAGAUUGACUCGCUGAAGUAUUGAGGCAGCGCGCGGAGCACUCGACCAGGUAGCUCGCACCAUCAGAUUGGUCGAGGACAUCGUCGCUGUGUUCAACUGAGUAAACAACAUUGGAUGAAA